AAACACACAUCUACACCGUCAGGUAACCAACUUUGGCCGUACACUGCUGUGCCCGGACCGAGCAGGCCUCUGAGCCACGGCUUGGAGUUGCGGCCUUAUCUAGUCUGCGGAUUAUGGACGCGGCUUGACACGGAAGUAGAAGCACAGCCCGGGUGGUAACAUGCCAGCUAAAAAGAAGCCGAUUUUACCUGCACUGAACAUAGCACCAACAAUAGCGGAAGGGCCCUCUCUAACAAAUGAUGGAUCAUCUGAGGCAAAUCUUGUAGAUCUCCAAAAAAAAUUAGAGGAGUUGGAUUUAGAUGAUCAACAAAAAAAGCGUCUGGAAGCUUUUCUAACUCAAAAAGCAAAGGUUGGAGAACUAAAAGAUGAUGACUUUGAACGAAUAUGUGAGCUUGGGGCUGGAAAUGGAGGAGUGGUGACAAAAGUUCGUCACAGGCCAUCUGGGCUUAUCAUGGCACGCAAGCUAAUUCACCUAGAAAUCAAGCCUGCUAUCCGAAAUCAGAUUAUUAGAGAACUACAAGUUCUUCAUGAGUGUAACUCUCCAUAUAUUGUUGGGUUCUAUGGUGCUUUUUACAGUGAUGGAGAGAUCAGUAUAUGCAUGGAGCACAUGGAUGGAGGAUCUCUGGACCAAGUUCUUAAGGAAGCCCGUCGUAUACCAGAGGAAAUUCUUGGGAAAGUCAGCAUCGCAGUUCUAAGGGGUCUAGCCUACCUGAGGGAAAAACACCAGAUCAUGCACAGAGAUGUGAAGCCCUCCAACAUACUAGUGAAUUCUCGAGGUGAGAUCAAAUUGUGUGACUUUGGUGUCAGUGGGCAACUCAUUGACUCCAUGGCAAACUCCUUUGUUGGGACCAGAUCCUAUAUGUCUCCAGAACGCUUGCAGGGCACCCAUUAUUCUGUGCAGUCAGACAUCUGGAGCAUGGGUUUAUCAUUGGUAGAACUUUCAAUAGGACGAUACCCUAUACCACCACCAGAUGGUAAGGAGCUGGAAGCCAUAUUUGGGCGGCCUGUAAUGGAUGGAGCUGAUGGAGAAUCUCAUAGCAUUUCCCCUCGUCCACGACCUCCUGGAAGACCAAUCAGUGGUCAUUGUAUGGACAGCCGACCAGCUAUGGCUAUAUUUGAACUGUUGGAUUAUAUUGUGAAUGAGCCCCCUCCUAAGCUUCCAUCCGGAGUGUUUACAGCAGAUUUUCAAGACUUUGUACAUAAGUGUCUGAUAAAGAAUCCAGCUGAACGGGCAGACCUGAAGAUGCUGAUGACUCAUACAUUCAUUAAGCGUGCUGAAAUUCAAGAAGUUGAUUUUGCUGGCUGGUUGUGCAAAACUCUGGGUCUACGUCAGCCAAGUACUCCAACUCGCACCACCAUUUAAUGUUUUUGUUUUGGUCUAUUUUAUUUUAUUUUUUUUUGUUGUUUUUUGGUGGGGGAGAGGGAUUUUUUGCCACCCCCUCUCCUUUUCCCAAUUCUUAAUUUGCCCUUUUCUUUAGGGAAAUUUUAGGAGAAGGUCAUUAUGAUGGGAAGUGUGGAGCAUGGGACAUCUUUUUGAACACAUUGUUCUGCUUUUAUCAACCCAGCUCUGUAUGCUUGUGUAUAUUUUUUUCCCACAUUAAUCUGCCAGGCACUGCCGCUUUUGAACUCUGUGCUCCUGGGCACCUGUACAUCAGCAUGAGGAGUAGUGAUCUGAGGAGGUCUGUUGCUCUGUCAGUGGUAAUAUCACAUAAGUCUACAAGUUGGCAUUAAGGUUGCUUACUGUAUUUCUCAACCACAAAAUGGCUAACAUAGUGGACUGAAUCCACAAAGUGGGUAUAUCUGGUUUCUUUAAAGGGGUACUCCCGUAGAAAACUUUAUUUUUUUAUUAACUGGUGCUAGAAAGUUAAACAUAUUUGUAAAUUACUUCUAUAAAAAAAAAAAAAAUACUGAAUACUACAGAGGAGAUGCUUUUCUUUUUGGAACACGUAGCUCUCUGCUGACAUCUGUCCAUUUUAAGAACUGUCCAGAGUAGGAGAAAAUCCCCACAGCAAACAUAUGAUGCGCUGGACAGCGAUGUCAACAGAUGCACUGUGCUCGUGAUGUCAGCAGAGAGCUCUGUGUUCCAAAAAGAAAACCAUUUUCUCUGUAGUAUUCAGACCCUAAAAAGUACUGUAAAGAUUAAGAUUUUUUUAAUAGAAAUAAUUUUCAAAUCUAUUUUUAACUUUCUGGCACCAGUUGAUUUAAAAAAAAAAUAAAAAAAUAAAUGUUUUCCACUGGAGCACCCCUUUAAAGGGGUUCUCCACUGGCCAGCAUUUGGAACAUUUAUUUCCGAAAGCUGUGUGCGCACUGCGGGGGUUGGCCUCACCCCCUCAAUGCAAAUCUAUGGAAGGGGGUGUGGCGGCCGCCACACCUCCUUCCAUAGAUUUGCAUUGAGGGUGCGUGAUGUAACGUCACGAGGGGGCACGGCUGACCCCCACAGCGCGCACACAUCGUUCAGAACUAAAUGUUCCUAACGCUGGGCAGUGGAGUACCCCUUUUAAUAAUCAGAAUUUUUCAUCUGCAAAAUGCAUUAUAGUGUCCAUACUUAUCCCCUUUAAAUGCAAAUACAUAGCACCAUGAUACACUGAUUGUCUAAAUAACAAAUAAAUUUAUUGAUUAUAAUAAUUGCCGUUUGUAUUAAUGGAAGUAGUAACUGUAAAAUGGCAUGUGACCUAUUCUAGAAAUCUGAAUGAUGUAUUGCUAUAUUUGAGUGGAAUCUUAACAUUUACACCUAUCAUAUCCAGUACUUUAUAAAACAUUGUAACAAA